CCUCCCAUUUAACGCUGGCAAGGAAGGCGGGAUGCAAAGAGGAAAAAGGACAGAGGAGCUGAGCUGAGGCGGGCAUCCACACGGCAUCCGCCAUCAUCGCAGCAAGUUGAGAAUUUGCUUGGGCUUUUUUCCCCUAAAAUGACCAUGCUCGCCCCACCAGCUCCAUUCAGCCCAGCUAGGGAGAGUUGGAAAUCAUAUAUGCUGCGAUUCAAUGGCUUCCUGGAAGCAAAUGAUCUAUCGGCUCUGCCGGACAAUAGGAAGAGGGCGUUUUUCCUAUGCCACUGCGGACCCGAAGUCUUCGAGAUGGCUCAAGCGCUCUCGGAACCAGCCGAGGUGCAGAAGGUACCGUGGGCAACGCUCCAGGAAACGCUACGAGCCCAUUAUGCACCCCUACCGUCAAGGAUGGUGAGCAGAUUUGAAUUUUGGCGCAGGAGUCAAGAGGAAGGGGAGACCGUCGAUCAAUACGUCGCCGCACUACGAAAAGCCGCAGCUCAUUGCGAGUACAGAAAUCCAGAGGAAGCGAUGCUAGAGAGGCUUGUUUUGGGAUUGAGGGACCGCAGACUGCAGAGAAGAUUGCUGCCAAAGCCUAAUCUCACAUUGAAAAUGGUGCUCGAAGAAGCCAGAGCAAACGAAGACUCAACAGAUGAGGGCGAUGAAAUCCAGCGCCUACGUUUCGAAAGAAAGACAGGAAAUCCGGAGACGGGAGAAAGGCCGCCUUUUUGUGCCAGAUGCGGGGGCGAUCACCCCAAAGCGGGCUGCAGAUUCCAAGAUGCCAUUUGCCAAAGAUGCGAGCGGAAGGGGCACAUAGCGAGGGCUUGCCGUGCCAGCCAACCUGCCCUGCACCGCCAGCGGCAGCCUGCAACACAAACCGGCUUCCGAAAAGCGCAGUUUCCAAAGCCCAAGAGAAGAGAAACACCCCAAACGACCAUAGGGUACAUCAGCGAAUAUCCCUGCGAGCAUCCCUUAAAGAAAAUCCACGUCACCGUUCUCAUCGAAGGGUCUCCGUGCGACAUGGAGGUGGUCACGAGUUCGUGCAUGACCAUUGUGUCCUGGAAAACCAUAAAGGCGGCGGUUCCGGAACUGGCAAAGAAACAAUUGACGCCUCAGAAGGUACUUUUAAAGACCUAUCAAGGAUACCGCAUCCCCGUCAUAGGGAGGGGAUCCUUCCAAGUCAAAUUCAACAAUUUUGUCGGACCUUUGCAGCUGACCGUGGUGAAAGACGACCGGCCAAGCCUGCUUGGACUGGAAUGGUUCGACGCUCUGGGUUUAGGACUGUCCUUCCAAGAUGAUGGCAUCAAGGAGCUGACCAAGGAAUUCGCGGACGUCUUCAACGGGAGUUUGGAAGGCGACAGUAGCUGAGCCGCCACACCGACUGCUAGACAAGGAAGGCGAAUUGGACCUGGGGACGGAAGGAAGCCACUGCCUUCUCUGCAGUAAAGAAACUAUUAUCGUCCCAUAGCAUCCUUGCACAAUAUAAUGAGACUCUGCCCCGCAUCUCUUAACCCUCGUUGGGGCGGUCAUCAGCCACCGGAUGCCAAAUGACAGUCCUUGCCUCCCUCUCUCGUCUCCGGCCAUCGGCUCCUUCUUCGGUCCUGGACAGCAGACUCCGCCAAGGCAGCCCUGCGACCAUUCAUUCUCCGGGAGCCUCGCCUCUCACCCUCAGCCCAGGAAGGGUACUUCUCACCUCUGCCUACCUCACAGGAUUGUUGUGGGGGGGGGGCGAGAAUCAGAAGAAAUGUGUUGUUGUUUUUUUACAAUCUGAAGUGCCUGGAAGACCUGAUGCGUUGCGGGGGGGGGGAGUGCGGGGUGCAGCAGAGUGUUUGUAGGGGGGGACAGGCCCCUAAGAAAAGUCUGUUGUUUUCUUUUAACACUAUAUUUUGUAAUAACAAGUCUCAUGUUUCAUUAUAUUUGUCCCUACAAGUCUACGCAUGCAGGUCAUCCACUUACCUGUUGAGUGUAGUCAGGGCCUCCCCCCAUUGAGUGAAAGGCCCCAUUUAUCUUUUCAAUGCUGCAAUAUCCAUCUUCUCCAUAAAGACAGGGAGAAUGCCAUGAAUCAGAAGGAAUGCUUCGUCUCGUAUAGCAAAUGCACAGAAGAAAUCAAAAGUCCAGAAAGUGCAAUGCAGAAAAUCUUGGAAUUUAAAUUUGAAAAUCAACUUGCAAUUGAUUUUAUAGGGGUAAUCUCGCGGGGGGGGGGACGACCCCCUACAAGAAACAUAAUUUAACAAGAUCUAUGCUGAGAGCAGCAAGAAUAAACUUGACUCAAAGAAGAAUCAACUUCUCUUGUAAAAAUGCCCAAGAACAGCAGGGUUGGGGAGGGACUGCACAGGACCCCCAACAAAUAUCCUCUUAUAUACUUCUCUUUUGAGAGGGAUGAUGGGCAACAAUAGCAGGAAAGUUUGUUUUUUUUUUUUUGGAAAAAACUUUAUUGAGUUUUUUAAAAAAACAUAAAUAUAUUGACAUUUUCAAUUAACAUCAGAUGUGCAGUGUUUUAACUAUACAGAAAAAUAUUUCUGGUGAUAUUUCAAAUUACUUUUUACCAUUAUUUAACACACCUUUUGGUCUUUCUUUCAUUUUAUCAUGCAUCCAUUUAUACCACCUUUCCCACUCAAUAUAAUAAUCUGACUUCUCAUCAUCGUUUAAUUCAUAAAUUAAUUUAGUCAUCUCUGCACACUCCAGUAUUUUCCUAAUUAUAAGCUCUUCUGGUGGUUGGGUUUUCUCUUUCCAAUACUGUGCAUACGCCAGUCUGGAGGCUGUAAUUAUAUGAAUCAUUAAGUGGAUCUUUGACUUUCCGUAUGGCUUCUUAACUAUUCCCAGGAGAAAUAUUUCUGGUGUUAAUUCAAUAUCUUCCCCAGUUAUUUCGUAUAACUAUCUCCUGAUGUUACUCCAAUAUCCUUUUGUUUCCGGGCAUGUCCACCACAUGUGAAAGAAGGUGCCUUGACCAUGGCCACAUUUCCAACAAUUAGGGUGUAUAUUGGGGUAUAUCUUUGCUAGCCUAGCCGGGGCUAAAUACCAUCUAUGGAGCAUCUUGUAAUGGUUUUUCUUGUAUGUCGCCGCUCUGGUCAGUUUAAGGUUCCUAUUCCAUGCCUCCUCCCAUUCACUAAAAUUUAUAUCUCGUCCAAUAUUUUUCUCCCAUGCAUUUAUUUGAUUCUUUGUUGUAUCCUCGGACUUAUCAUCAUCUAAUAAAUAAUUAUAUAGUUUAGCCAAAA